UAUAACUCACAGACUGCUGCUCCUCCCUUUCGCCAGUGGAGUUUCACUACGAGCUUCUGCACCACACAGGGCAGACGGGAACACAAACACAAGCAAAAGCUGGCAGGCUGACACGUACGGGCAGCUUUACAGGACGGAUUAUCUGGUAACUGACCAUUUAGCUGUGGCACACUCGGACUCCGUGUAAACGUGGGAUUUCGACCAUGAGCUCAGUCGCUGUACUUACGCAAGAAAGCUUUAAUGAGCAUCGCAGUGGCCUUCUGCCAGAGCAGGUCAAAUCUGCUGUGGCAGGCCCUAGUGGUGCCGAAGAUGAGGAUAGCCUUCCCACCUACAAGGAUGCCUUUCCCCCUCUGCCUGAAAAGCCUUUGCCAGAGGGGGUACAGGAGACUGGAAAUGCCUGGACGACUAAGAUCAAACCUCUCAAGUCCUCAGUAAUCACCCAGGUUUUCCAUGUGCCUCUGGAAGAGCGCAAGUACAAGGACAUGAACCAGUUUGGAGAAGGAGACCAGGCUAAAGUUUGUCUUGACAUUAUGCACAAGACUGGAGCCCACCUGGAACUCUCCAUGGCUAAAGACCAAGGCCUCUCCAUUAUGGUCUCUGGGAAGCAUGACGCAGUCAUGAAAGCCCGCAAAGAGAUUGUGUCCCGACUGCAGACUCAGGCUUCAGCUACUGUGGCCAUCCCCAAAGAACAUCAUCGCUUUGUCAUUGGCAAGAGUGGGGAGAAGCUGCAGGAGCUCGAACUGAAGACUGCCACCAAGAUCCAGAUCCCUAGACCCGAAGACCCCAGUAACCUCAUCAAGAUCUCUGGAACCAAGGAAGGCUUGGAGAAGGCCAAGCACGAGAUCCUGCUCAUCUCUGCUGAGCAGGAUAAGCGUGCUGUGGAGAGAAUGAACAUUGAAAAGGUGUAUCAUCCCUUCAUCACUGGAGCUUAUAACAAGCUGGUGGGGGAAUGGAUGCAGGAGACAGGAGCCCGCAUUAAUGUCCCUCCACCAAGUGUGAACAAAACGGAGAUCGUCAUCACUGGGGAGAAAGAGCAGGUGGCCCUGGCCAUGGCCAAGAUCAAGAAGAUUUAUGAGGAGAAGAAGAAGAAUGCUACCACUAUUGCAGUGGAGGUGAAGAAAUCUCAGCACAAGUAUGUGAUUGGGCCUAAGGGUAACACCCUGCAAGAGAUCCUGGACAGGACCGGCGUCUCGGUCGAGAUCCCACCCCUCGACAGCAGCUCAGAGACCGUAAUCCUGCGUGGGGAGCCAGACCGGCUGGGCCAGGCACUCACUGAAGUGUAUGCCAAGGCCAACAGCUACACUGUGUCCUCAGUCUCUGCUCCCUCUUGGCUUCAUCGUUUCAUUAUUGGCAAGAAAGGACAGAAUCUGGCAAAGAUCACACAGCAAAUGCCCAAGGUGCACAUUGAGUUCACCGAGGGAGAGGACAAGAUCACGCUGGAGGGUCCCACCAAAGAUGUACAGAUAGUACAGGGCCAGAUUGAAGCCGUUGUUACAGAUCUGGUUAGCCGAAUGGACUACACAGAGAUUAGCGUGGACCCCAAGUUCCACCGACACUUAAUUGGGAAAGGCGGUGCAAACAUUAACCGCAUAAAGGAGCAGCACAAAGUGUCAGUCCGCAUUCCACCUGACAACGAGAAGAGCAACCUGAUCCGUAUUGAGGGUGACCCCCAGGGCGUGCAGGAGGCCAAGAAGGAGCUGCUGGAGCUUGCGUCACGCAUGGAGAAUGAGCGUACAAAGGACAUGAUCAUUGAACAGCGUUUUCAUCGAGCCAUCAUCGGACAGAAAGGGGAGAAAAUUAAGGAAAUUCGGGAUAAGUUCCCUGAGGUUAUCAUCAACUUCCCUGACCCAACGCAGAAAAGUGACAUUGUACAACUGCGUGGGCCUCGCACCGAGGUGGAAAAGUGCACAAAGUUUAUGCAGAAAAUGGUGGCUGAAAUGGUUGAGAACAGCUUUUCUGUCUCAGUCCCCAUUUUCAAGCAAUUCCACAAAAAUAUAAUUGGCAAAGGAGGAGCAAAUAUAAAAAAGAUCCGCGAAGAGACUAACACUAAGAUUGAUCUGCCUGCGGAAAACAGCAACUCUGAAAUGAUUGUCAUCACAGGAAAGAAGGCAAACUGUGAGGCCGCAAAAAACAGGAUCCUGGCCAUUCAGAAAGAACUGGCAAAUAUUACAGAGGUUGAGGUGUCCAUCCCCUCAAAACUGCACAACUCCCUAAUUGGCUCCAAGGGGCGUUUUGUGCGUUCCAUCAUGGAGGAGUGUGGUGGCGUGCACAUCCAUUUCCCAACAGAGGGCUCUGGCAUCGAUGCAGUGACAAUCAGAGGCCCAGCGGAGGAGGUAGAGAAAGCCAAGAAACAGCUGCUGUCCCUGGCAGAAGAAAAGCAAAUUAAAGGCCACACAGUUGAGCUUCGUGCCAAACCUGAAUACCACAAGUUCCUUAUUGGAAAAGGAGGUGGAAAUAUCCGCAAGGUGCGGGACAGCACAGGCGCCAGGAUCAUCUUCCCUACUGCUGACGAUAAGGAUCAGGAACUGAUCACAGUCAUUGGUACAGAGGAAGCUGUAGCAGAAGCACAGAAGGAGCUGGAGGCACUUAUUAAGAGCUUGGAUAACGUUGUAGAAGACGUCAUGAUUGUCGAUCCCAAGCACCAUCGGUUCUUCGUGGCACGUCGUGGCCAAGUCCUGAGGGACAUUGCUGACGAGUAUGGUGGCGUUAUAGUCAGUUUCCCCCGAACUGGUUCACAGAGCGAUAAGGUCACCCUAAAGGGAGCCAAAGAUUGUUUGGAGGCAGCAAAGAAACGCAUGCUGGAGAUGAUUGAGGAUUUGGAUGCUCAAGUGAUCAUGGAGUGUGUGAUCCCUCAGAAGUUCCACCGCUCCAUAAUGGGGCCUAAAGGCUCUCGCAUACAGCAGAUCACUAAAGACCACAAUGUGCAGAUCAAGUUUCCAGACCGAGAUGACCAGCAAGAAACCACAACUCUCCCUUGUACAAAAUGACCACACACUGAAGGU